AUGGCACAGAUUCUAGCACCCUCUUCACAAUGGCAGAUGAGAAUAGCAAAGAACUCAGCACCUGCAAAUCCCAUGACUGCUAAGAUGUGGAGUUCUCUAGUUUUGAAGCAGAACAAGAAAGGAACAGCUAAAAGCUCUGCUAAAUUUAGAGUGUUUGCCCUGAAGUCUGACAACAGCACUGUCAAUAGGGUGGAGGAUCUUCUAAAUUUGGACCUUACUCCGUACACUGACAAUUUCAUUGCAGAGUACAUCUGGAUUGGAGGAUCUGGCAUUGAUCUUCGUAGCAAGUCAAGGACAAUUUCGAAGCCUAUAGAGCAUCCAUCUGAGCUUCCCAAGUGGAACUAUGAUGGAUCAAGUACUGGACAAGCACCAGGAGAGGAUAGCGAGGUUAUUCUAUAUCCCCAGGCAAUCUUUAAGGACCCAUUCCGUGGAGGUAACAACAUCUUGGUUAUGUGUGAUACAUACACGCCACAGGGUGAGCCCAUCCCUACAAACAAACGCCAUCGGGCUGCUGAGAUUUUCAAUAACAAGAAGGUCGUAGAUGAACUUCCAUGGUUUGGGAUAGAGCAAGAGUACACCUUACUUCAAACAAAUGUGAAGUGGCCUUUGGGCUGGCCUGUUGGAGGCUAUCCUGGCCCUCAGGGUCCUUAUUAUUGUGGAGCUGGGGCUGACAAGUCUUUUGGUCGUGAUAUAUCAGAUGCACAUUACAAGGCUUGUUUAUAUGCUGGAAUUAACAUUAGUGGCACCAAUGGGGAGGUUAUGCCAGGCCAGUGGGAGUAUCAGGUGGGUCCCAGUGUGGGCAUUGAUGCUGGAGAUCAUAUCUGGAUUUCAAGAUACAUUCUAGAGAGAAUCACUGAACAAGCUGGCGUUGUGCUCUCACUCGAUCCAAAACCAAUAGAGGGUGAUUGGAAUGGUGCAGGAUGCCACACCAAUUAUAGCACGAAGACCAUGAGGGAGGAAGGAGGCUAUGAAGCAAUAAAGAAGGCAAUCUUAAAUCUGUCUCUUCGGCAUACGGAGCACAUCAGUGCCUACGGUGAAGGAAAUGAGAGAAGGUUGACAGGAAAGCAUGAAACAGCAAGCAUUAGCACAUUUUCUUGGGGAGUGGCCAAUCGGGGUUGCUCCAUCCGGGUGGGACGUGAAACUGAGAAGCAAGGAAAAGGUUACUUGGAGGAUAGACGUCCGGCCUCAAACAUGGACCCUUAUGUCGUGACCUCGCUACUAGCUGAAACUACAGUUUUGUGGGAGCCAACACUCGAGGCUGAAGCUCUUGCUGCUCAGAAGCUGUCUUUGAAUGUCUGA